UUGGGCCUCGACAUGGCCGAUCGCGCAACGAGCCAGGCGCGCCAGCAGCCGGACUCUUCCGCGGCUGCGCAGCAGCACCAGCCCCACGCCGCCUCACCACCCGCGCAGGACGCGUCCACGACGACCUUGCGCCGUGCUGGGCGCGAAACGGACGACAGCGACGACGAAGAUGGCGACGACAACCCGCGCCCGACGAAGCGCUGCCUCCGCAGCGAUGGUCCUGCGGAGGAGUCGCUGCCUCUCCGGCCGCAGCGGCUGACCCUCCAGCGGCGGGGGCAGGCGACCGACGAGGAGCGACAAGCAGCCGCCGAAUUAAGAGCGCAAAAGGCCCUGAACAGCACGAUACGCAAGAAGAUCCGCUGUCUUGAGCGCCGCCAAGUCCUCCAAACGCCGAGCGCGGAGAGACCGGCUAUGCGUGACUACCACAUGACGUGGUAAGCGACGGCCGAGAUGUUGCCGUCCAUCCUCAAGCCCAUUGUGUGGUCGCUGGCGGCGUCACCAGAGCAUAUCCAGUCGCGGGCGCAGUCGGCGUGGACCUUGUGGAGACAGGGCAAGAUCAUGACGCUUUGCCCGGCCUCCAACGCUUUCUGGCAUUGCAAGCAAUUGGACAAGCAUACCGAGUGAGUGCAUCCAGUGGCAGAAUAGUACGCUGGUUGUCGACUUUGUAUCUUCUUCAACGGGCGCAUGCAGUCUCGA